AUCAGCUACUUAGGAUAUACCAUUCAUUGCACUCUUAAGACACCAUCAUGGCGGCGUUACUGUUGUUGGCCUUGGCCUCCGUUAUUUCCAUGGGAUACUGUGAUAACUACACCGUCACAAAAGAAGCCUGGUUUGACAUUGAAAUCCGGGAUUUUGACGGACCCGGAGAGGAUUACAGGGGAAGAUUUGUGAUCGGACUUUUCGGAGAAACCACACCAAUGACAGUCAUGAACUUCGCCUCCAUCACAAACGGAUUUGAAAGAACAACAAAAUCGGGGAGAAAAGAGAAACUAACCUACAAGAGCACGAACUUCCACCGAGUUAUUCCCGACUUUCUCAUCCAGGGGGGAGAUAUCACGGUUGGGGAUGGAACAGGAGGUCAGAGCAUUUAUGGCUCCAAAUUUGUUGACGAGAACUUCAUCCUGAGUCACAAAGCCGCUGGUUACGUAUCCAUGGCAAACCACGGACAAGACACAAACGGUUCUCAGUUCUUCAUCAUGUUGACAAAGGCCAGAUGGUUGGACAAUAAGCACGUCGUGUUCGGCAAGGUCGUCAAGGGAAUGGAUACCGUCAAUGCUAUUGGAAAUGUCAAGACAGACGAUACCGCCAGACCCAAGAACCGAGUUAAGAUUGUUGACUGUGGAUGUGAAGACGUCAAGAAGUACACCCUGACAGAGGCUGAGGCAAAGUCUGACGAGGACCUUGACCGAGAAUAGAUUACACAAUUCAUUUCAAUUCACUGACACAAUUUAUCAGUUCACGUACAUCAUAUUCAUUUUUCACUUGAGGCUUGUAUUACAGUAUGGAGCAUGAAAUUUUUUAGUAAAUAA